AUUGGCAUACGGUGGAUUCGUGUAUACACUUUGUAUUGCUACAUGCAGCUAGAGUCUAGAGACGAGAUAGACUUAUUUUGUCGAAGAGCUCUGUAAUUUUGAUCCAACUUCUUUCAGACCUUAGACCCGGACACAGCUGAGUGUGUUUGGAGGAUUCCUAAGUCCUAAGCUAUUGCAGGCAGGUGACUUGGCUAUUGUGAUUGUCAUUCGGGGUAGCGACUACACACGGAAAUAACAUUGCCGGUUUCUCAUCAGAUCAAAUCUGUCAUUUAGGACUAGGCCUCCGAUCUUGGAAUACAUACCUCUCUUCCUCUCCCUCUCUCUCUUGUCGGAGUCAAGAGUAUCGUCAAACAUGGGUGAUAAGUUUUUGAACGAGGGGCUGAAAUAUUUCUUUCUGCUGCUAUGGCUGGCUGCAAACGUUGCAUACUGGGUGGUAACGUUUCUUGUAUACGAGCAAGGACCACAGUACUUCUACAUCAGGCGUAUCACCGGGGUUGGUCUCUCAAUUGCAAAGGCAUCAGGAGCAACGUUAAACCUGAACAGUAUGAUCAUCUUACUACCUAUCUGUCGUAAUCUUAUCUCUUUCUUCAGAGGAUCAUGUGCUACCAACACGCUUUGUAGGCGGAGUGUCCGACGUCAGCUUGACAAGAACCUGACCUUUCACAAGACGGUGGCCUACAUGAUCGUCAUCUGGACGAUCGUUCACGUGGUCGCCCACGCCUUCAACUUCCGAAACCUCUACAACCACUACCUCUGUGUGACCACGAACAAUGAUGACUUAUGCGAUGGCAUCUCUGCAAUCGGUCGCAAGUUCACAGUUAAACCCGAGGACAAUUGGUUGAAUCCUAUCCAAGGCGCUAAGAACCUUCCGGCAGGACUUGGUCUAAUUGAGCAGGCCCUGAUCCCAAUCGCUGGAUGGUCUGGAGCUGUUCUCACCUUAGUCCUUAUACUCAUGUUCUCUUCUGCUACAGAAUUCAUCAGGCGUUCUUAUUUCGAGACCUUCUGGAUCACCCAUCACCUCUUCAUCGUCUACUUCGCCAUGUUGCUUGCCCAUGGUGUCGGAGGCAUCAUCCGAUCUCAGACGAACCUCGAUCGUCAUGACGUAGUAUUCUGCUCUGAAAACCUUGAUCUAUGGGGUCCCACUUCUGAGGAGUGUGAGGAUCCUGUAUUCAAAGAUGGAUCAGCUGCAAGUUAUAAGUGGGUGAGUGGUCCGCUUUUCAUCUACUUGCUUGAAAGGAUGAUUCGAUUUUGGAGGAGCUGUCAGACCGUUACAUUAACCAAGGUUGUAAAGCAUCAAUCGAAGGUGAUUGAGCUCCAGAUGAAGAAGAAAGGAUUCAAGAUGGAGGCUGGUCAGUACAUCUUUCUCAAAUGUCCCUCCAUCUCACACGUGCAGUGGCAUCCAUUUACUCUUACAUCGGCUCCUGAAGACGAUCAUUUCAGUGUUCAUAUCCGUGUUGUUGGUGACUGGACCAGGGACCUGUUCAAAGCAAUGGGAGCAGACAAACCAGAACAGCAAUCUCAAGAAGAACUAGCCAGAGUUGCGGUUGAUGGUCCGUUUGGUACAGCUAGUAUUGAUAUCUUCAAGUACGAGGUUGCUAUCUGUGUAGGUGCUGGAAUCGGCGUAACACCCUUCGCUUCCAUCCUCAAAUCUAUCUGGCUGAAGAGUGUUAACAACAGCGCCUCUCUGAAGCUGAAGAAGGUGUACUUCUUCUGGAUCUGUCCCGAUACCAAUGCCUUUGAGUGGUUCUCAACUCUUCUCGACUCCAUUGACACUCACUUCACUGAACAGGGCAAACCUGACUUCCUGAAAUACUACAUCUAUCUCUCCCGGGGCUGGAACAAUACACAGGCAAAGAACAUUUACCUACAAGAGGAGCAAGAGAUAGACGCCAUCACCGGUCUAAGACAGAAAACCCACUAUGGUCGUCCUAAGUGGGACUCCAACUUCAAGAUGAUUGCAGAGGAGAACCCAAGGACGAGUAUCGGUGUUUUCUUCUGCGGUCCUAAAGCCCUAUCAUCAGUACUCCAUGAGAACGCAAAUAAGUUUACCAGCUUGACUCCUGAUGGCGCUAAGUUUUUCUACAACAAGGAAAACUUCUAAGCAUCAAGAACCAAUGGGCAUUACGAAUGUAGAACUUUUAGACACCAUCAGCCAAUGAGUGCUACAACAGGGAAACUUCUUAAUACCACCAACCAAUAAGCGCGACGACGCUAUCAGCCAAUCAACGCUCUGAUUUGUUUUCCAGAACACCGUCAACCAAUCAGCGUUACGACAUGCAAACUUCUACACACUGUGAACCAAUCAGCGCUGCGACUGAUAAAAGUCUUUUAUCAACGUCAACCAAUAAGGGUCAUACCUCGAGCACCUUCUACACAUUGUAUGAAUAGGUGCACACUAUAUCCAACGUUAUAAUUAUCAUUUCUUUAUCAUUCCAUUUUCAUCAUUAUAACACAGACAUCCCCCUAAUCGAGACAAUUUGUAUAAACAGUCACUAUACCAUGUAUUGUAUUUGAUUGUAGUUUUAUUUCUACGAAAUAGAAAAGGUGUCAUAUUUACAGAUUGUGUACUAAUAUAUCUUCAACCGCCAUAUUUACGCUUAGAAUGCGUUGAAAAAGUUGAGGGGAAGAAGAUAAGAUGUGCAUGAAUGUGAUCUUACUUCAAAUACAGUAAAGCCAUUUUGAGGUAUAAAUUAGAACAACGUUCAUAUCUCCUAUAGAAAUUGAUAUAAAAUUAUAAAGACCAAGGCAUAUCAUUAAUAAAUUUGUAUCGUAGAGCUCAAAGAAAUGCAAUUUUUUUUUAUUUAUGUCAAGCUAAUAAAUUGAUAUAAAUCAAUCUGGUGUGAUUGAAUAUUUCAGCAUUCCAAACUAAAUGGGGCCACUGGGCUUCGAAAAAAUGAUCUGAAGGUAUUUUCAUACAAUACCAAACUAAUUAAAGUACUGUCAUGUGUAUUUCUCACUCUGAUGUUUUUACUAUAUUGUAGAUUAAUACCUUGUAUGAAACCAUUUCGUAUUUCAAAGUAUAACUUUGCGAAUGAAAUGAAUGACAGAACCCAAAGAUAAAGUUUACGUAAAAACUUAAACUUCCUAGAAGUUACCGAGUCCUUUAUAAAUGACACGAAAUGCGCAUGAUUACUAAUCACUGUGGACUGUUAGCCAUGGUUGUAUAAAUUGUCUUAGUGUGUUAUGAUAUGAAUGAUAUAAUUAUAGUUUCUAUUUCCACACUUCAGCUGACGUGUGGGUAUUUCAUUUUUAAUGCACAAUGUUAAUUUCUUUUUUAAUUUGUACGUUGAUUUCGUUUUCCAUGUGUUAUGUGUUAACUACAGCGAUGAACAGCACACAUCUAUUGCUUAAGGACCUUAUUUGAUUUAUUUCAAAUAAAUAUCAGUCCUAUUUCAACAAUCGGUAGUCUUAGUAUUUUCUAACUUUUACUUCCAUUGACCAAAGCUCAAUAUUUGAAGUACUGAGUAGAAGCACUGGUGUUUUUAUACUGUAAUACUUUUUACAUACAUAAUUAUCAUACUUCUAUCGUAAAGUUUUUUAGUGACCUUAUGUAAGAUGUUGUAUGCAUUGAUUUGUUGGUGGGUAAAAGGAUAGAUAUAGAAAGGGAUUCUAUUUUCAAAAAAGUUCAGUUUUAUCUUAUUGCAAAAGUUUUGUUUAUCUCGCUGUUCAAAACUGAAAAGUUGUACAUAUUAUUAUCAGCUUUAAUUAUAAGUGAACUCUGCUAGUACUUUGUAGUUGACCACCAUAUGUUGAUAGAGAUACCGAAUCGUACUAUUAAGUAUGGUUGUUACCUCUAACAGGGAUACUGUUUCUAUAUGAUAUGUCUUAGCCCCAGGGGCGGUCAUCAGUGAAGAAAAACUGAGGGGGGGGGAUCUUUUGUCAAGGGUAAUUCAAAAGAGAUGCCGGGAAACCGAUCAAGAUGCCACGCCCACUAUCACCAACGGACCCUCGUCAGGGGAAUCCCGAGGCCAUCAUCUAUUUCAUCAUUUAUAGCGUUAACACGUCACUUGCGCAUGAAAGAAUCAGAGGAUUACCUUACAUGGAAUUCUCCUGAGGGGCGUUUCACAAAGAUCUUAAGUUGAACUUAUAUCUAAGUUGGACUUAAAAAUUAUGGAAAGCCAUUAGCAUCUAUGAAAAUAUUUUGUAAAAGUUAUAUUAAAAGGCAUAAAAUGUUGAUUCAAAUCAUUCAUUUUUUCUAUUAUGGAUCUCAGUAGUAUUUAAGUCCAACUUAGAGUUCAAUUCGACUUGGGUUCUUUGUGAAACACCCCUCUGCUCAAACUGAAACCGUUUCAGCUUAUCAGGGACUAUAUAGCUUGAUGCGAAGUGAUGUCAGCACAUUACAAGUGUUUUAUAUUUGUAUGGUAAAAUGGAUGAAUAAAUAGCACGAUAUGAUUAUUACUACAUGCAAUUGA